CAAUGCUUCGUGGACCGCAUUCUUAAAGGUGUCAUAUAAGUGACAGACUCAGAAAUGCAUUGGCUCUUGCAACUGAUAACUACAAUGGAUAUCUCUUUUCACAUUACAAAUUGUGCCGAGCAUUAUCCAUUGAUGUCAAUCUUGAUCUCCUCGCUGAAGCUAUACGUACGAGGGCACAUCAUGGCCACUUCGAAUUAUAUUAGAACCCAGAAAAGGGUCACAUAUUUUGCUCAUCGCGACGUUAUCUGCCAAUGCCAGGGCCGAAACGACAAUGGCUCCGAUAACCUUUUCGUUACUGCUUCUUAACAGCAAAAACGGAAAGCAAGAAGCUCACCACGAC